AUGGCCACUAAUAAUUUAGCGGACCAAUCGCAACAGCUAAAUAGUGACAGCAGGAGUGCAUCCCCGAGAGUGUCAGGCAUAGACCUAACGGUUCACAAACCGCCCAACAGUACGCCGGUACGAGACGUUGAAGCUGAGACUUCGGCGAUUGGCACUGACGUGGAUCUUAGCUACCUUCUGGAGGAAAACGCUCGACAGAUGCUCAAAUAUCGGAAGAGGCCUCGCCUUGACCACGAAAAACCGGUGAAACUAAGCAAUUCCUUCUUCAAUCAAGAUUUCCCUACGAGGUUGUGGAAAAUAGUGGAUUCUGACUUGUUCAAGUCGGUCACAUGGGACAAGAAUGGCAUUUACAUGCUUCUCGACGAGGAACGGUUCACCAAGGAGGUGUUACAGCCAACAAGAUUCCAACCUACUCUCCCAUGUGUCACCAUGGCUGGAUUCGACCAACAAAUGAUCCUCCACGGUUUUCAAAAGCUCUCCUCAGCUACCCCCACCUCAAAGGUAUGGCCUAAUUGAUCAAAUAUAUUAAGUGGCCUAAAUCUAUUAUCAAUGCAUUACCAAUACAUGUUUUUGUCACAAAUGGCACCCUAUUUAUUCCAUGUAAGGUUCCUUCUCUCCCCUUAUGGGCCCUGGUCAAAAGUAGUGCACUACAUAGGGAAUAUGGUGCCAUUUGGGACACAGAGCCUACCUACACUAUCAUCACAUAGGCUAUUUACGACUCAUAAUCAUAACUCACUGUCAUAACUUCUAGGAUUUACAAAUAGGCCGUAUCUCAACAAUGCCUGUCUAUGUUUUCCAGUUGUCCAUGUACUACCAUCACAGCUUCAGACAGCACCAGGAGAAGCUACUGAAGAAGAUCAAGGAACCGGUGGUUGCAGAGGUGGAAGUGGUGGAGGAGGAGGAUGAUGAUGUGGAGAUAAUCCGGGUCAUCCCUGGUCCUCCCCGUCAGCCCGGCCCUCCUGUUACUCCCAUUACCCCUCCUGUUACCAGUAAGGCUGAGACCCGGGACGGCGAGGCCGAGAAGGAUGAGAAGAAGGAGAAGGAGCAGCUCUCGCUAGCUGCCAAGGACCUGGUUGCCAAGAUCAGCUCGGCGGUCAACCAGAGGAAGACCGUUCUGCUGGUCACACCCUCCUCCUCCUCCCACACCUCAUCCACACCCACCCCGGCCCCAGCCUCCUGCCCAGCCCGCUCCUUUACCCUCUCCUACCCCACCCCAGUCCCCUCCUGCUCCUACUCCAACCCAUCCACUCCUGCACAGGCCCUAACCCCCUCCUACACCUACUCCACCCCGGCUCCCACCCCGGCCCCAGCCCAGUUCGAAGAGGCAAAUGAGGCCCAGGCACACCAAGCCCAGCAGGCCCAAGCUCAGGCCCUAAAUGCCCACCAGAGCCAAGCUCAGGCACUUAAUGCCCAUCAGGCCCAAUACCAACAGGUUCAUGCCCAGGCCCUGUAUGCCCAGAUGGCUCAGUCCCAGAUGGCAUGGAUGCAAGCAGCGAUGUAUAACCCCUGGGUCCUCCAGGCCAUGCAGAUGCAGAUGGCAGCCUAUAUGUCCCCCCCACCACACUACCUGCACCGGCCAGCAGGGGGGUUCUCAACCACUCACCACAUCCACCCAGUCUACCCCAGUGGGAGCAGAAGCCCUACUGGGGCAGGGUCAGAGUCGGGCCGCUACUCCCCUGAUCUGUCCUUCUCCCCACCCAAUCCCUGA